AUGACUUCAACAGCGAGAGACCGUCUUUCUUCUCUCUCAUCACACAUCAUGGGUUCAACUAGUCCCUCAGUAUUCACGGCGGCCCUUGUGGCUGCCGCCCCCGAAGAUCCUUUGUUUGGUCUCAUGAAGGCCUAUCGCGAGGAUCCCUCCGAUAAGAAGAUCGAUUUGGGCAUUGGAGCCUACCGCGAUAACAACGCAAAGCCCUGGAUUCUGCCCGUCGUCAAGAAGGCCGAUGACGCCAUUCACCACGACCCCAGUCUCAACCACGAAUAUCUAUCCAUCGGCGGUCUCGCCGAGUUCACCUCUGCCGCCCAGAAACUCAUCGUGGGCGCCGACAGCCCUGCAAUCCGCGAAAAGCGAGUACGUAGCUCCCUCAGUCCUCCCCAGACCCAACGAACUGACCACCCCCAGAUCUGCACUCUACAAACCGUCUCCGGAACAGGCGCCGUCCACCUCGGCGGUCUCUUCCUCUCCAAAUUCCACCCCCAAAAGCCCACAGUCUACCUCUCCAACCCAACAUGGGCCAACCACAACCAAAUAUUCACCAACGUCGGCCUCCCCCUCGCCAACCGCACCCCCGGCUCCAUCAUCGUCCUCCACGCCUGCGCCCACAACCCCACCGGCGUCGACCCCACAGAAUCCCAGUGGAAGCAAAUCGCCCACCUCAUGCGCACCCGCACCCACUUCCCCUUCUUCGACACCGCCUACCAGGGCUUCGCCUCCGGCGAUCUCGUCCGCGACUCCUGGGCCAUCCGCUACUUCAUCGAGCAGGGCUUCGAGCUCUGCGUCGCCCAGUCCUUCGCCAAGAACUUCGGUCUGUACGGCGAGCGCACCGGUGCCUUCCACUUUGUCUCUGCGCCCGGCGCGGACGCAACCCUCUCCUCCGCCCAUGUCGCGUCGCAGCUGGCUAUCUUGCAGAGAUCGGAGAUUUCAAAUCCCCCGGCCUACGGUGCGCGCAUCGCCAGUCGCAUUUUGAAUGAUCCCGUGCUGUUUAAGGAGUGGGAGGCCGAUUUGAGGACGAUGAGUGGGCGUAUUUUGGAGAUGAGACGGGGGUUGCGGGAGAGGUUGGAGAAGAAGCGGACGCCUGGGUCGUGGGAUCAUAUUACUUCCCAGAUUGGGAUGUUCAGUUUCACGGGUCUUUCGGAGGAACAGGUUAUGAGGUUGCGGUCACAGUGGCAUGUUUACAUGACGAAAAAUGGUCGCAUUUCCAUGGCGGGCUUGAACACGAAUAAUAUUGAUUACUUCGCUGAGGCGGUUGAUAGUGUUGUUCGCGAGUCUGCUUAG